UAUAUAUGAAGUAACAAGAGCGAGCAUCACUAUUUCCAGCCUUCGGCACUGCUAUAUACCUACCAUCAAAAUGAAGUACCCUAUAGUCGCAUUUCUAUUGUCGCUUUUUUUCGUGGCAACCUGUGCAUAUGUAGAGCACAGCAUAAUAUCUCACACUACACCAGUGGAAUAUCACUUCUUCGAAGAUGAAAUUACUUGGAGUGAAGCACAAACCCACUGCAAGUCAAUUGGCGGGGACUUGGUUAGAAUAUACGACCAGACAACGAACGAUUUGAUUAUGGCGCAUAUCAAUGCAUCAGAUAUCGGAGCAAACAUUGAUAGUGGAUUUUGGAUUGGUUACAAUGACCAAAGAGUAGAAGGAACCUUUGAGUGGGUAUCUGGUUUCGUUUGUCCAUAUGAAAACUGGGGUCCCGGUGAGCCAAACAACAACGAUAAUCUUGAUCCCAGUGGACAAGAUUGUGUACAACUAAGGAAAGAUACUGCACAGUGGGAUGACGAAUACUGCGGAGAAAUUAGAGACAAAGCGUUUAUUUGUGAGGUGGAAGUUUGUUAGGCCACCCUGACCACCAACAAAGCACACGUAGAUGAGCACAGAAGUACAGCACUUAAAUGAAUUCCUCGUAUGAGCAAUUCACUGUCACAUGAACUAUCAAUAAAAAAAACUGUUGAAACAUG